UUGUUAAAAUUUCGGCCAAUAGGAAACGCGAACGAUUUUCUUCACCGUGAAAAAACUUCGUUCGUCCAAUAGAAUUCGCGAACGAUAAAAUUUCACUGGUGAAGAAAAACUCACUUAUUUUCUGUCAACAAGCCAAAAAAUUAUGGCCGAAAAGCGAUUUGUUUCACAGUCGUGCUCUGCUGAAAAGUUCAUUUUAGACCAAGAAAAUAAAAGUACUUGGCAAAAAACUCGAAGAGAUGUUCAUUUACUUGAAAGCUUCCUCAGAACGAAAAGCGAAGAGCGAAAAAUUGAACAAAUCCCAGCAACGGUACUAAACAAGUACCUUUCCGAGUUUAUUAUGUCAGUUCGCAAGAAAGACGGCAAGGAGUUCGAGCCAACGUCGCUUCGAAGUUUAGUAGCGAGCUUUGAACGGCACUUAAAAAGUAAAAGCUAUCCUUCAAGCAUCAUAAACGAUUUGGUAUUCGAACAAACGAUGAAAGUCCUCAGGUCUAAGCAAAAAAUGCUAAAGAAACAGGGAAAAGGAAACAAGCCGAACGCAUCGGUAGCGUUGACAAAUGAGGAAAUACAAAUAAUAUACGAGAGGAAACUACUCGGUAUUGAAAGCCCUGAGGCAUUGCUAAACACACUCUGGUUAAACAACUGUCUUCAUUUUGGUCUCAGAGGUUGCAAGGAACAUCGUGACACGUGCUGGGGAGAUGUGAAGCUUCACAAAACAGCCCAAGGACAAGAAUAUCUCGAGUUUAAUGAAAGGCAAACGAAAACUAGGACUGGUUCAGACUACCGUGAUGUUCGAACAGUUCCGCCGAAAAUGUUUGCAACCGAUGGAAGCGAAAAAGAUCCUGUUGCAGUUUAUAAAUUUUUCUCACAGAAAAGACCUCGAGAAAUGAAUUACGAUGAUGCCCCCUUUUACUUGUCAGUUAACAAUUUUAAAGCUACAGAUUCCGCCGAAACUAAAGCGUGGUUUAAACCAGUUGCCGUAGGCGUGAACAAACUUAAUAGUUUAGUAAAGAGGAUGGCUGCAAAUGCAGGAAUUGAGAACAGCCGACUACGGAAUCACAGCGGCCGAAAAACAAUGGUCCAAAGACUCAGUGAGAGUGAUGUUCCACCCACACAAAUUGCCCAGCUUUCUGGCCAUAAGAAUUUGAAAAGUAUUGAAAACUACAGCACUGUGUCGACAAAUCAACAAAUGCAUAUGUCCAAGUUAUUGAGCGGUUUGGCGGCAGGAAACUCGUCAUCCUCGCUGACUGAAACAGCGGCUCGCUCGUCCUCCUCAUCUGCUCAAAAGCAAAGUAUGGAUCUAUUUAGUGGAGCUGUCAUUCAAGGCGGCAAUUUUUCCAUAAACAUAAAUACUCUCAACCAGUCACCGACGUUUUCAGUAAAUUCAGCGAAGAAACAAACUUGGAAGCGACUGAAACCUUUGGACAGCGACUCUGACAAUGAGUAG